ACACAAGGAGAAACGAAACACAGUUUUUGCCUCCUUACCGCCCGGUACUUUUAAGCUUCCAGCUUCGUAGCUACCUCAUCAUUCGUGGUUUCAUUCACUCCGGUUGUAGCAGUCUUCUAAAUGUCAACAUGGCUAACCGUAAACGAACCUUGGCGACUCCGACGAGCGACGAUGACUUGAUGAAAACGCCGGAGAAGAGAGUGUCAGCGGUCCGACAGCUGUGUGACUCGGACUACUCUCAAUGGGGAAUCGAGGAAACAUGCCGGUACCUUCGAGAAGAAGGUCUGGGAGAGUGGCAAAAUGUGUUUAGAGAACAUAAAGUCAUUGGUGUGGAGCUGCGACGUCUCAACAGGGAGGACCUGGAGAAGAUUGGCAUUGAGUCUCUUGAAGACCAACUUCGGAUCCUCCAGAGCCUGAGGAAGCUGUGGUUUGAAUGUCCUCAAACAAACAAGGUCUUUAAUGAUCCCAUCCACGGACAUGUUGAGCUCCACCCACUUCUCGUCAAAAUCAUUGACACUCCCCAGUUCCAAAGACUCCGAAAUAUCAAACAGUUAGGAGGGACGUACUUUGUCUUCCCUGGCGCAUCCCACAAUCGUUUUGAGCACUCCAUCGGAGUGGGUUACUUGGCAGGACAACUCGUGAAAACACUCAAUGAAAGGCAACCCGAACUUCUCAUUUCUCGGCGAGACAUCCUGUGUGUGCAAAUAGCCGGGCUUUGUCACGAUCUGGGACACGGGCCUUUUUCACACAUGUUUGAUGCCAAGUUCAUUCCAAAAGCACGCCCUGAUAUUUCCUGGAAGCACGAGAAAGCAUCGAUUGACAUGUUUGACUACCUGGUCAACGACAAUGACCUGAAGCCUCUGAUGGAGGAACAUGGCCUCCGCCUUCCCGAGGACCUGGACUUCAUCAAGGAGCUUAUUGCAGGACCUCCGACCACAAAUGCAGGCCUGGUUGAAAACUGGGCCUACAAAGGCCGUCCAAAGGAAAAGUCCUUCCUCUAUGAGAUCGUGGCCAACAAGAGAAAUGGUAUCGAUAUGGACAAGUGGGACUACUUCGCCAGAGACUGCUACCAUCUGGGAAUCCAGAACAACUCGGACUAUCGUCGUUUCCUCAAGUUUGUGAGGGUGUGUGAGGAGGACGGACAGAAGCUAAUUUGCACUCGAGACAAGGAGGCGGGCAAUCUGUACGACAUGUUCCACACGCGUAACUGUCUCCACAAGAGAGCUUACCAGCACAGAGUGGGCAACAUCAUAGAAACCAUGAUCAAUGAGGCGUUUUUGAAGGCCGAUAAGCACAUCCAGAUCCCAGGCUCAGGUGGUAAGAUGUUCACGCUCUCCACAGCCAUAGAUGACAUGGAGGCCUACAGCAAGCUGACAGAUCACGUAUUUGAACAAAUACUCUACUCCUCCACCCCGGAGUUGGCCGAGGCACGACAGAUUCUGCACAACAUUCUUAGGCGCCGUCUCUACAAGUUUGUGGGCCAAACCCAGAGUGAAGAACCCUUGGUAGUCACUCAGAAAAUGAUUGAUGACUGGGAGGUGGCGUUGCCAAUGUCAGUUCCUCAGACUGGCCCCCUGGGGGUCACUCUGCUGCCGGAAGACUUUGUCGUUAGCGUCAUUCAUCUGGACUAUGGGAUGAAAAAGGAGAACCCCAUCGACAAUAUGCGUUUCUAUUGCAAGACUGACCCCACCAAAGCCAUUCAGAUAUCUAAGGAACAGGUUUCCAAACUUCUGCCUGAACGCUUUGCUGAGCAACUGAUCAGAGUUUACUACAAGAAGGCGGAUGAGAAGAGCCUCGAUGCAGCCAGGAAGCACUUUGUGCAAUGGUGCAUCAACAACGACUUCUCAAAACCUCAGGACGGAGACAUAAUUGCACCUGAACUGACUCUCCUGAAAGAGAGCUGGUCGAGCAAAAAGAAACAAAACAAGAAUGAAGAUGAUCUGGGCUGUAGGAAGAUGGAUGUAAAAAAGACGCUUUUUCAUAGAUGAGACUAUGUUGGGAUCAUGUGGGACUCAAAGUAGGGAGGAAGCUCUACUCAUUGCUUUUUAACAAAAAAAAACAAAAAAGACUACUUUUUUACAGAAAUUGGAAAUUGUAUUUGGAUGCUUUUGAAUCAUAGUUUUAUGGCGUUUUAUUCAGUUCAUGUUUACACUAUCAUGUACCAUUAAGAUGUCGGCUUUUUAAAUGAGCCUUCGUGAAUUGACUUUAUAUUCCUUUCAGGUCCUGCUUAUUUGCUUUUGCACAGUUUAUUCCCAAAAAAACAUUUAGUGUUGGUGGGUGUGUUUGUUGUUUUGCCUGCAUGCGUUUUAAUAUGAAAGUAUGACGUCUCUUUGAAUUCAGUGUUUUAGAUUUAUAUUGAACUGAAACGGCGGAUCUUUAUAAAAGAAAAAUCCUAAAAAUGAUCAAGAGUGCCCAAACGUUUUUAUACCGCUGAAUUUGUUCUGUGUCUUGUGUUUUCAUAACGUGUACAAGCUAACAGGAAGACGAAUUUUCUCUCAACUCAAUUUCAACGGAAGUCCCGCCCCGCGGUGCGUCGUAUCUGCCAAUCACAGGUACUUUAUACAGGACGGACACUAGGUGGUAUCAUAAGGCAGCGAAUGUGUGAAUGUUUCAAGCUAUUCUGUGAUAUGAGCACACAAUUGGAAUAAACUAAAUAGUUAAGUACUUCAAAAAUGCCAAGUAUAUCACAGUAAAAUUAUCACUUAUAAAGGUACGCCAAAUUACCCUGA